AUGAGGUUUAUAGUUUCUCAGUUUGUGGACAUGUAUUAUUUGACUGUGGAAGGAAUAAAUGCAACUAAUAACAUUUUUACUUCUGGACUCCAACUAAGUUAUUUUAUUGGCCAGUGUAUUGUUGCAGCAUGUACUCGCAUUGUGGAAAUAUUGUAUGCUGCCUUGCAGUUGACGUUUUCAGUUACUUCCAUUCUGUACGAAGAUUACUGUUUCUUUGUCGUUGAUUUUAUUUCGAAAGUCAAGUGGAUAUUCAGUGGAUUUAACUACAUAAUCUUUAGGAUUUGGACAUGUGUUCAGCAGUUUUUGGCAACUUUAAAAAAUUUAUUUGAAUAUGUAGGGUAUUGUUUCCAUGCAAACUUGGAGUUCCUUGUGACUAUUGUAGGAAAAGGUGGUUCUUCUUUGUACUACACUGUGGAGACAAUUAAACAAGCUUUAAUUUUUACGGGCAGUAGCAUUUGGAAUUUUGUAAGUGUUGUACCUGUUGGUAUUAUUUAUACCAUUACAUUAUCUUUACAUUUUAUUAAAGAGGGUGUGUUAGAAUUAUAUCUCACAGUAAGCAAUGUGGGACUUGCUAUUUUAAAUUCUGUGCACAAAUUGGUUUUAUUUUUUUCUGACAUACCUGUGGAAGCAGCUUUUGGCCUAUUUCUAGGCCUUAUUGCAUUUUGUUUGGUGAUGAAACAUUUUAAUGGUCUUAUUCGGUUGUCAGUGGAUGUAAUAGUUUCAAUUUGUUGCUGCCGCGCAAUAAAUGGUUUGUGGAUUCUUGUAAAAGAUUUUUUGUCACCUCUUUUUCCUAAUCGUAGAGAUUCUGAUGCUGUUUGGGAGUUUUCACAAGAAAGGCAAGUUCCUGUAGAACCUUGUUCUUCAAGUGCAUGUACAGUCAGAUGUUGUGAUCAUGAACAUGAGCGUGCCAGUAAAUUGUGUAUUGUAUGUCAGGAUAAAGAGAAGUCUGUGAUUAUUCUUCCUUGCCGCCAUGUGUGUUUAUGUACAGUGUGUUGCACUAUUAUUCAAGAGGAGUAUGGUGCAUGUCCUGUAUGUCGACAGCGGGUAGAGAGAACAAUGACUGUAUAUAUGUAA